AUGACCGAUAUCUCAAUCACAAUAUGUGGCGACGGUGGAUGUGAGGACUCUUACUCCGCGACCCGAACCGUUGACGGUCUCCCCUAUUUCCUUUCUAUUACCGAUACUGCUGGUCAGGAGGAAUAUCGCGGUCUAUGGACCAAAUCAACUCUCCAGUCCGAUGCGUUCUUGCUCAUUUACGAUAUGACCAACCCCAAAAGCCUCGAUACGCUCAACCCGUUCAUGGAGUUGAUUCACACGGAGGCUGAACAGCGGAUUGAGAGCAACCAGCGCAUUCGAAAGGAACUCGGUGAUGAAUGUGUCGGGGUGGAGAUGGGCAUGCCACCCCCCGUCAUCAUCGUUGCCGGGAACAAAUGUGACUUGAAGAAUGAGCGUGUGGUGACUUCGCGUGAUGGACUGGAAUAUGCCCGUAAGAACAAUUGUGGAUUCCUGGAAACAAGUGCACGGGAGAUGGUCAAUAUUGAGGAAACCUUUGCCUGUGGGUUAUAUCCCCUCCUCUCUCUCUCUCUCUCUCUUCUUAGUCUUGUUCUGGCUUAUGUGGAUGAAAAGAAGGAAGAAAAACAAGACUCAGGAUCUGGGCUAAUGGGCUAA